AUGUCUAGUUACGGGCAGUCGUCAAAGGCCGGAAACAAAUCAAAGAGACACGGUAACGACCAGGAGCUGGAUUAUGCCGAAGAUGAUCAAGGCAGUGGAUCUCAUCGAAAGGGCUGGAAAGGGACUUUGAACAGCUUCUUCUCGGAGCCAGCGGGAUUUUACCAUACGGAACCUCAAACUUCGCAGUACCAGAAGCAACAGCCUGAAGUUCUUCGAAAACAAGCACCACCUGCGCAGCCGGAAAGAAGGGGCACAGAUCAAGGCAUACAUAAGAUGCCCGUCGAGCGCGAUGCCUGGGGUAGGGUCAGCGAGAAGGAUAAAGAACUGCAGAGACGUGCGGAGUUUAUCGAAGGGCUCAAGGGUCACAUCACGCAGCUCAUGACCAAACAGCAUGCUCUCGAGCAUGAACUUCGACAGCUACAAGUGGCUAGCUUCAAGAACAUCGCCAACGCUCAGUAUACGCCAAUGGACGAUGUGGCUAUCAAGCUGGAACUCGGUGGCAUACAAAGGUCUAUCACCAACAUUGGAAAGCUAUAUGGUGCAGACCCUGGAGACAUGCGCGACCUUCAUACUCGACCUCUUACCGAGCGGGACCAGCUCCAUCUUGAUCUUUGCAACGUAGUCUACCUCCAGGAUGCGGGUAGACAAGAGCUCGAAGAAGAACUGGUGGGCCAGGAGUCCGCGGCUCGGGUUUUCCUGACUGGAUUGCUCUCGUUCGCCGUACACAACGAGAUCGUCAGCAACCCAUUCUUCUUUCUGGCAGAUGAUGUAAACGUUAAAGAACGUCCGUUCCUCGAUGCGGCAACCGUAGACUGGCCACAGGCCUUCUUCAAGGCGUACUCUCGAGAGUGGCUAUCAAAUGCUCACGAGGCAAACAUGUGGCGCUCGCAGACAAUUCGUUAUCUCUUCCCGCCUGGGGAAGAGAGCAAGGACAAUCCUUCGCCACUACAGCAAUUUGUCGUCAACAAACGACUUUCAGCUGGGGUUCGCGCAGCCAACCGAUUCCUGAACGGGAGCUCCAAGUUACUCAUGCGAAGGGGACUGGAUCAGGAAGAAUCGAGGCAGCUGUGUGCCAACGUCUCGGUAGUUUUUGACCACGCCACGAGCUUAGCGAUACGCCUGUGGAGGCAGCGAGUAGCUCUACGAUGUCACUUCCUGCAUGAUCUCGCCAACACGAAGUUUGCAGUGGACUCACCGGAGCUCGAAGCACAUGGUCUCCACGACCUCGACGAUCCAGCGGACCGAAGGCUAGAUGGCAAGCCCAUCCGGACGGUUGUGCAUCCUUCUGUGGUAGCACAUGGAACGCAUGAGGGGGACAGCUACGACUCGGCACGUCGCGUAUGGGCUAAAGCUCUGGUCGUCCUUGAUGUUUGA